CUUCCGAAGCCCAGAACGCGGACUCUGCCUCGACAGCUUGACGCCUUUCCUUGCGAACGGCGCUUGGCCGCGGAAGCCGCCGCCGCCCUCACUCUCGGCCCGUCGCAGCGUCCUGGGGGGGGCAUGGGGGUUCCAUUGCGCUUCGCCGCCAACUUGGCCUGGAUGUUCCAGGAGCAGCCGACGCUUCCCCAGCGUAUAGAGGCGGCGGCGCGGGCGGGCUUCCGGGCGGCCGAGCUGGGCUUUCCUUACGCCUGCAGUGCUUCGGAGCUGCGGGCGGCGGCAGAACGGGCCGGGCUAGAAGUGGUCCUUCUCAAUACCCCGCCAGGAAACCAAGAGAAAGGUGACAUGGGCCUAGGCGCUGUGCCUGGCCGCCAGCAUGAAUUCCGAGAGGCUCUGGCCUUGGCAGUGCAGUAUGCCAAGACCCUGCGGUGUCCAAGGAUCCACAUUCUGGCUGGGCGACUUCCUCUGGGGGCUGAAAGGGAGGCAGUGUCUGCUGAGAUGGAAGCCACCUUCAUAGAGAACCUCAAAUAUGCUGUUGACAUCCUGGCUCAGCAAAACCUGAUUGGGCUGCUGGAGCCCAUUAACAGUCGGAUUACUGAUCCCCACUACUUCUUGACCACCCCCCAUCAAGCUGCUGCCAUCUUAAAGAAAGUGGGACACCCGAACUUGAAGUUGCAACUGGACAUUUUCCAUUGCCAAAUCAUGGAUGGGAAUCUGACUUGGAACCUGGAAACAUAUUUUCCAAUUAUUGGACACGUUCAGAUUGCUCAGGUACCGGCACGGCAUGAGCCUGACAGUCCAGGAGAACUGGACUUCUCCUACCUCUUCCAGCUUCUGGAAUUAAAGGGUUACAGUGGUUAUAUAGGAUGCGAGUAUGCUCCCACAGGAGACACAGUGAAGGGGCUUGGCUGGCUUCGCUUGUACUGGGAGAGUCAUGGCCUGAAAGAUGGCAGAAGCUGAGAAGUUAAGCUCUGGGGCUGAGAAACUAAAAUAAAAUGCAUCAAAGACGGAAUGAGCCAUAACCUCUACUACUGCACGCCAGAAUAGAGGAAAACCUGGGCUCAGGGCUGGAUCAGUUAUCUAAAAUGUUUCUUCAGAAUAUGUCCCUCUGUGGGCACAUUGCUGCAGCAGGAUGUUGUUGUCUCCUAAUAAAGUGGCUAUGCUAGUAUAUUUAGUACUGCUGAGAUCCCAGAACUGCUAAAGCUCCACUCCCGUGUCACUUCAUGUUUGUGAGCAGAUGGCAUUCCUCCUCACACUUCUUGUAAGAGGCAUACUCUGCCUUGCUCUUUUGGAGUGCAGUGUGUCUGCAGCUGCCCUUUCCACCCCCACCCCUUUCUAAUUACAGUUAUAAGGGUUAACCAUGUAGGAGUGAAAAAUUAAGUUUUUACUGAUAGAUAAUACUACAAGCCUGUCUCUGCUUGCUGUAAAGGUUGGGAAUAGUUUGCUGCGAGAAAAGAAAGAAGUCCAUCUGCCUCCAAACUAAACUCUCUGCUACCACCUAGUGGCCCCUAUAUGAGAUUGUCUGUUUGUAUUCCAAGAGGCAUCUAUAGUUUUCAGAUUAUGUCUUCAUGCUGCUCAGCAGGUUGCUGCUUGAAUUUCUUACAUCCACCCCCAGCCCUACCUUUGGAGAAGCGUAUCUUCACUGCUGUACACUUCAAGGCCCUGGGCUCCCACAGAAGAUCUUAAUUAUAUAACUUACCCAAACCAGAAUCAGUGACUUUGGAAAAUUAACUGACGUAGCUAACAAAUCUGCGAUAGGAAUCUAGCAGUGAUCUCACCCACCAACCCAGUCAGAUGCCUGAGCAACAUUGGUGGUUUUCCCCAGGGACAAAGGCAGCAGCUUGGGGUAGAAGCCAACACAGUGUAUUUUACAGUCACAAGUAAUCUGCUUUAUUUAAUUUACUGUACAUUCACUUCCUGUAAAACAUUCUCAUUAUUGUGCUGUAUCCUCCCACUGCUAAAACCCACCCGGUGAGUCAUUCUAAAAAGCAGGGCCAAGACUGCCACUCCAUCAGGCUUUUGUCCUGCUGCCAGAGAGCCUAAGGGCAAACAUCUAGCACCGACAAAGCCAAGGAUGGCCUUGCUCUGUGAAGGUGUGGGAUCCACCCUUUCAUCUCGGCAGGACAGUCUAUGCUCCUGUAUCCAGAGCAUCCCACUUCCCUCAGUGUUUCCAUUCAGCUUAGCCAGCUUCCCUCAAAAUGCUUUGUCCUCUCAGUUGGCUGGUUAUAAUCUCACACUGCCAAAAGUCUUUCUGGGCACCUGCCAUCCUGAGUCUUCUCCUUUGGUCCAGCCCCACUGUUUCAGGGUCUGUGCUGCAUGUCCCAAAUGAGAGGGACCAACCAAUACUACAGCAACCCUGUCCAGAGGUUGAAGCAAGCUGUGUUUAUGACAGAUUCCAGAUGGUGGUAAGUGGAUACAAGUUGAGGCAAUGGGCUCUCACUGUUCUGGGGUUGCACUGGAAAUGGCUCCCGAAAAACCACCGUCAGGCUCUGCAAAGGAAGACUGUGAGGGUUAUUUGCUUCAUUUAUAGUUUGUCUUCUAACUGGGAAGGUGGAUUACAAAUAUUAUAAGAGCUGUUCAGUUAAUCAGCAAGCAUAAUGAAAUACAAUAAUGCAAAUCUAACAGCAAAGAUUCUUAGUAAAACAGAUUAAUUCAGUGAACUGAUUGCAGGUAUGUGAAAGACUAUACAGUCAAUUAGAGAACAAAGUACCAAAUAUGAUAAGUCAAACAGCAAAGAUUCUUAUUAAAGUGAUGCAGUGAGACUGGGACUGGAGAACUGAAAAACAACAGAAGCAAACAAACAAAACUAUCUGAGGCAGGGGUCUCCAAAGUGGUUGAUAUUGACCCCUGGGAGUCAAUUAUUUAAUUGAUUGAUUGAUUAAUUAGAUUUGUAUACCGCCCUCCCACGAAGGGCUCAAUGGAACUAUCCAAGGAUUAAUAAAUGCCCAGGGGUCAAAAGGGGGUCGAUUAUGAACUGUUGGGGUCAAAAACUGACAUCUGUAUAAGAAAUAAAAAUGCAUGAAGUAAUACAAUACAUUUAAAUUACAACUUAUUGAUUCAUGGCUGGGAUGUAACCUUGAUCAGAUGUUACACGUUGUUAUACAAAUUGUCUCUCCUUGCAUGGCAGGGGGUUGGACAGUUGGACUUGAUGGUCUCUUCCAACUCUAUGAUUCUAUGAUUCUUUAAAAAUAUAUAUUGAUAAUAUUUGUUUAUUUUACAUGCCUGGGGGUGAAUGAGGGAUCAAUGAUUCCAUGAAGGGGUAGAUGGUCUAAGGUUUGGGGCCCCUGUUCUAAGGUAAUGAGAUAAGAGCCACGGUAUACCAAAUCCAAUUCAUCAUCAUCCUCAUCAUCAUCCUCAUCAAUGUAGACAACAAACCUAACAGCAAGAUUCUUAAUAAAAUAAUAAAAUACUACUAA